CCCUGAUCUUAGCUCCGCCUCUUCCGCGUUCUCGACUGAGACCUGCAGGUGGGGGUGCGCGCGGCCGUUCCAGCGGUGGUCAACUAAGAUUUCCAUGCUGGAGGAGAUGAAGCAGAAGCAGGUGGCAGACUGAAGGACACUGACUAGACAGAGGCCAGUGGAUAACUCCCUGUGGCUGGAAGACACCAAUCUUGGGAUUCUUUUGAGACUUCAAGUUCAUCAGCUGAGUUGAAGAACCUUGUGGAGAUGGGCAGCAGUGAGCCCCUCCCCAUCGUGGAUAAUGACAAGAGGAGGAAGAAGAAGCGGAAGACCCGGGCCACCGACUCUCUGCCAGGAAAGUUUGAAGACGUGUACCAGCUGACCUCGGAAUUGCUGGGAGAAGGAGCCUAUGCCAAAGUCCAGGGUGCUGUGAGCCUGCAGAGUGGCAAAGAGUAUGCUGUCAAAAUCAUUGAGAAGCAAGCAGGGCACAGUCGAAGUCGAGUAUUCCGUGAGGUGGAGACGUUGUAUCAGUGUCAAGGGAACAGGAACAUUUUGGAGCUGAUUGAAUUCUUUGAAGAUGACACACGGUUUUACUUGGUCUUUGAGAAAUUGCAAGGAGGCUCCAUCCUAGCACACAUCCAGAAGCGGAAGCACUUCAAUGAGCUAGAAGCCAGCAGAGUGGUGCGAGAUGUCGCCACUGCCCUUGACUUCCUGCAUACUAAAGGCAUUGCUCACCGUGAUCUGAAGCCAGAAAACAUACUGUGUGAAUCUCCAGAAAAGGUGUCUCCGGUGAAAAUUUGUGACUUUGACUUAGGUAGUGGGGUAAAAUUGAACAACUCCUGCACUCCCAUAACUACACCAGAGCUGACCACUCCAUGCGGCUCUGCAGAGUAUAUGGCACCUGAGGUGGUGGAGGUCUUUAGGGACGAGGCUACUUUCUAUGACAAGCGCUGUGACCUGUGGAGCCUGGGUGUGGUCCUCUACAUCAUGCUGAGUGGCUACCCCCCCUUUGUAGGUCACUGUGGGGCUGACUGUGGCUGGGACCGGGGAGAGGUAUGCAGGAUGUGCCAGAACAAGCUGUUUGAGAGCAUCCAGGAAGGCAAAUACGAGUUUCCCGACAAAGACUGGGCUCACAUCUCCAACGAGGCCAAAGACCUCAUCUCUAAGCUCCUGGUUCGAGAUGCAAAGCAGAGACUCAGCGCUGCCCAAGUUCUGCAGCAUCCAUGGGUACAAGGGCAAGCUCCAGAAAGGGGACUCCCCACGCCGCAAGUCCUUCAGAGAAACAGCAGCACCAUGGACUUGACGCUCUUCGCAGCCGAGGCCAUUGCCCUUAACCGCCAGCUGUCCCAGCAUGAGGAGGAUGAACUGGCAGAGGAACAAGAGGCCCUAACUGAGGGCCUCUGCUCCAUGAAGCUGUCCCCUCCAUCCAAAUCUCGCCUGGCACGAAGGCGAGCCCUGGCCCAGGCUGGCCGAAGCCAAGAUGCAAUCCCGUGUUCAACACCCGCAGGGCUCUGAACCACUGCCGGCACACCUUGUAGGCCUGUCCAGGCAGUGCCCCUUGAAAACCUUUGAGGUCAAAGUGUGAAGCAGGCGGAGGGACCGGCCCUGCAGCCCCAGCAGGCGUUUACCAUCCAGAAAGGCUCCCAGGUUCCCACCCAUCCCCCAUUUCCCUUGGGUCCUGAAAGGAGAAAGCUUUUUCCAAAGGGGUUGUCUUUGAAAAGGGAAGCAAUCACUUGUCACUUUGCAUAAUCGCCUGCAGCAGGAACAUCUCUUUGCCAGGCUCCAAAUGCUCCCAGUGUGCAGAUCCCGAAUCCAGCUUGCGGUGGGGGCUGCUGGGGCUGCAGCCUUCAGGGAGCCAGCUUUCAGGAGCUGACAGAAGCUGCCGACACAUAUGCCUCUUCUCCCCCUGCACUGUCACCUUCUUCUGGCGAUCCGCCCACCUUCCUCUGUCCUACAGACGUCCUCUCUGCCUGUCCUCUCUCCUGGCUGAGAAAAGCCAUCCCCUCAAUUUUGGAAGGGCAGGGAACCAGAUCAGUCUUCCAGUCUGUAGCACAGAGAAGCACAUAAUCUUUCUUUGCCGUGACCGGAAUGUGUUCCUCAUUUAUCAUCCUCUUCCAUGUUUGGGAUUGCUGCUAAAGUCAGUAUUAUUUCUUUUUAAAAAUAUGUUUGCUUUUUUUAACCAUGUUCUUCCAGCAGUCAUAGAACUUGAAACUGGCACUGCAAGCCCAUGGAUUUCCCCAAGAGGUUAUCCAUGCACUUGGGUUUUAAUCCUCUUCCCCACAGUCUCAACUGAUUUUAAGUAGUUACUAUGAUAAGAACGUAGAGACUGGUGUCUUCGCAUCUUUAUCUGCUGCUGCCGCCUUCUCCCAGGUCAUUUGUGGAGGGAGGCGGCGCAAACCCAGGGCAGCCGGAUUGCUGUGUCCGAGAGGAAGCCCUGCACCCUGCUCUGAGGAAUGCUGUGCCUACUGCCCAGACAUGAAGUCACAGGCACUGUCAGAUAGCUGUGGAGUCACACAAAACAGAUUGCAUAUGUGACAUACAACGUUAGCCAACCACGAUUACCAAAAUUCUCUCGUAACUUGUGCUUGUUUUAAUAAAUAAUUUAAAAUUCUG